AUGACAAAGGAUAGCGACAAGACGCCUGAAAAUGGCAAUACUCAAGCCACCGAGCGCCUGAAUCUGGUCUCGUCGCAUAUCUCCCCGAAGAAAAAUAAAGCAAACUCCAGCGCGUCUCGUCUACCAGCGGACCACUCCGACGUGCUCGGCCAAAUUGCCACGCUCCGAGAAAUCGCUGCAACACCAGACCCCAACCACCGCGGCUACGUCCGCCAGAAACAAGCUGGUAAACUAUGGGUGCGCGAGCGCAUUGAGCAACUCCUCGACCAGGGCAGUUUCCAAGAAAUUGGAUCCGUGUCUGGCACAGUGAAAUGGAAGAAGACUGCGCCUAUGCGCGAGACGCCCGUUGCUUUCGUGCCUAGUAACAAUGUUCAAGGCGCUGGGACUCUGCGAGGCAGAAAGGUCUUGCUUACUGCAGAUGAUUUUAGUAUCCGGUCUGGUCACGCAGAUGGCGCUAGCCAUGGGAAGACGCUGUAUGUGGAGAAAUUGGCCGUUGUACUACGGAUGCCGGUCAUCAAGCUGGUUGAUGGUAGCUCUGGUGGAGGUAGUGUGACUACUAUCCGGAAAGAGGGAUGGAGUUAUCUUCCCCAUGUCGCGUCGUUCGGACCCGUUAUUCAGCAGUUGAAUAUGGGUAUUCCUAAUCUGGGUGCUGUUGUUGGACCGGCUAUUGGUCUCGGUGCUGCGCGUGUCGUCUCUUGUCACUUUUCUGUGAUGGCGGCAGACAUCGGCUCGCUGUUUAAUGCUGGGCCCAAGGUUGUGGAGGGUGCAACAUUCGAGGAAGGUCUGAACUUCCAGGACCUUGGAGGGCCGAUGGUUCAUUGCACGAACGGCACAAUUGAUAACCUCGCUGCCAACGAAGCCGAGUGCUUUGAGCAGCUGCGGACUGUUCUGAGCUACCUACCGAAUUCCGGCAGUGAGGCUCCGCCCGUGAUUCCAUGCAGUGAUCCUGAAGAUCGUGAGGAUCAGGCACUACGCAGCAUUAUUCCUCGCCGACAGGCCCGCAUGUACAAUCCUCGUACGAUCAUCACCUCGGUCGUUGACCGGGGCUCUUGGUUCGAGAUCGGUGCACUCUGGGGUCGAACUGCCAUCGGCGGUCUCGCGCGUCUUGGUGGACACCCCGUCGGUGUUAUUUCGCUCAACUGCGAGGUGAACAGUGGUGCAUUGGAUGCUGCUGGUAGUCAGAAACUCACUCGGCUAUUGAAGAUGUGCGAUGUGAUGAACCUACCUAUUGUGCAGUUCCUCGACGUCCCCGGCUACGCCAUCGGCACUGUCGCCGAACGCACUGCAACCAUGCGCUGGGGCGUCGAGCUAGCCAAAACGUACUACACAACCACAAUGCCAAUCUUCAACGUGGUCACACGCCGAGUCUACGGUGUCGCCGGUGGCGUGAUGAUAGGCAGCCGCGACCCGGAAAUGCAAGUUGCAUGGCCAUCCGGACAAUGGGGCUCACUACCUCUGGAUGGUGGCAUCGAGGUGGGACACCGACACGAGCUGCGCGAAGCAGAGAAAGUUGGUAAGAAGGAGGAGCGGUACAAAGAGCUUGAGGAAGAGUAUCUACGUCUGAUGAAUCCCGUGCGCACAGCAAAUGCGUUUGGGGUGGAGGAGAUUAUUGACCCAAAAGAUACGAGGAGUGUUUGCUGUGCUUGGGCUUCGCAUAUUUAUGAUGUGCUUAUGCGUGAGAGAUUGGCUGCUCGGGCUUGUGGAAAGAUUCACCCAUCGUUUGCUUGA